AUGACUGCAGUGGGCGCUCCUGCAGGAGGACCAGGAUCUACAAUGACUGCAGUUGGUGGUGUUGACAGCGAGGACCCAGAUCUACAUGACUGCUGGGGCGCCCCAGCAGGAGGACCAGGAUCUACAAUGACUGCAGUGGGCGCCCCAGCAGGAGGACCAGGAUCAACGAUGACUGCUGUAGGAGCUCCAGGAGGGCGUUCAACUAUGACAGCUAUUGGAGGUGCUGGUGGUGCUCCUAGUAUGGCACCAAUUGUCCAGCUGGUGACGAACGGAUGGUGCGGUGGUGGUGAGCGGUGGCCCCUACCCGGACAAAUCUGUUACCUUCGGAGUACUGGAGGCGGUGGCAGACCAGCUAGCCAUAGUACUUAUUGGUGUUGGCAGGGUGGAACGGCGCAUUGGUGUUCCUCGCUCCGAAAUGCGCCAGGUGGUGGCGGCGGUGGUGGUCUCGCUGGACAAUCGGCAUAUUUCGGCGUCGGCGCUGGUGGUGCAGGCGCUCCUGGUGCUCAGUCGGCUUACUUCGCACCCAAGUAA